UUUCUUUUGCUUUGCAAAUAGAGAAAACUUUUCCAAUAAUGUGCUAAGCGCUCUCAAUGAGAAGUGGAGCAAAGCAAUGUACGUUUCGAUAAUAUUGCUCAGUUUCUCUUUAUUAUUUAGAGUGCUAUGUCGCGUGCACAAAACAAAGCCAAUAAAUUGGCCGUUUUACAAGUUAUAAAGGGGAAAAAAGAUUCUUUAUUUGGAUAUUUUCAAAAUAAUGCAACUUGCAAAACGCAAAAGCAAGAUGGUUGGACUGAAGUUCUAAAGACGGCACAAUCCCUCGGACUAGCUGCUGCUAAUCGCGAAUGGACUUAUGCCAGAGAUAAUUUAUUUGGCCUUUGGAAGAGCCGAACUUUGGCAAAAAAAGACAAUGCCAAGAGGACAGGCACUGUGGGUGGCAAAAACGUAUUGCUGGAUGAAGUCGACAACUACAUACUUGACAUUUUGGGCAAUGAGUCGACAGUUGUUCAGGGUCUCGGCCAACCCGAAAGCGAUGGAGUGUCCUCCAAUUUGGACAAUAUAUUGGAACAAAUCCAACCAGAAAGGACGAGACCAACCAACAGGAAAAGAACAUAUAAUUUACAAGAUAGACAUGAGGAGUUGAAGCUUGAACUCUUAGAAACCGAAAUUUACAAAAAUAAGCUAACAAUUUUGUCAUUAGAACAAAAAUUAGGUUUGAAACGAUCAAAAUUCACAGCGGAUUUGGAGAAGGAGUCAAUGAAUGAAAAUGAUAAAACUCUCUCAUUAAGUCCGCUGCUGUCGUAUUAA